CUGCCCCGGAAGCGAGCAGUGCGCACGCGCACUGCCGUUGGCGCCGGCGGGAGACGCGGCGGUACCGGAGCCGGGCGGGGCGCGGAGCGGAGCGGAGCCUCGGCCGCGAUGCCGCGGGAGAUCAUCACCCUGCAGCUGGGCCAGUGCGGCAACCAGAUCGGGUUCGAGUUCUGGAAGCAGCUCUGCGCCGAGCACGGCAUCAGCCCCGAGGGCAUCGUGGAAGAGUUCGCCACCGAGGGCACCGACCGCAAGGACGUCUUCUUUUACCAGGCAGAUGAUGAGCACUACAUCCCCCGGGCCGUGCUGCUGGACCUGGAGCCCCGUGUCAUCCACUCCAUCCUCAACUCCCCUUACGCCAACCUUUACAACCCAGAAAACAUCUACCUGUCUGAGCAUGGAGGGGGAGCUGGCAACAACUGGGCCAGUGGCUUCUCGCAGGGAGAAAAGAUCCACGAAGAUAUUUUUGACAUAAUAGACAGAGAGGCUGAUGGGAGUGACAGCUUGGAAGGCUUUGUGCUUUGCCACUCCAUUGCUGGUGGAACAGGCUCUGGGCUGGGCUCGUACCUCCUGGAGAGACUGAAUGACAGGUAUCCCAAGAAACUGGUGGAGACCUACUCAGUGUUCCCAAACCAGGAUGAGAUGAGCGAUGUUGUCGUCCAGCCGUACAACUCCCUGCUGACACUGAAGAGGCUGACCCAGAAUGCUGACUGUGUGGUGGUUCUGGACAACACAGCCUUGAAUCGGAUCGCGACAGACCGGCUGCACAUUCAGAACCCAUCAUUCUCACAGAUCAAUCAGCUGGUGUCCACCAUCAUGUCUGCCAGCACCACCACGCUCAGGUAUCCUGGAUACAUGAACAACGACCUCAUUGGGCUGAUUGCCUCUCUGAUCCCCACGCCCAGGCUGCACUUCCUCAUGACGGGCUACACGCCGCUCACCACCGACCAGUCGGUGGCCAGUGUGAGGAAAACCACAGUCCUGGACGUGAUGAGAAGGUUGCUGCAGCCUAAAAACGUGAUGGUGUCCACAGGGCGAGACAGGCAGACCAACCACUGCUACAUUGCCAUCCUCAACAUCAUCCAGGGGGAGGUGGAUCCUACACAGGUUCACAAGAGUCUGCAGCGGAUCCGGGAGAGGAAGUUGGCCAACUUCAUCCCCUGGGGCCCUGCCAGCAUCCAGGUGGCUUUGUCCCGCAAGUCCCCUUACCUGCCGUCCGCUCACCGCGUCAGCGGCCUCAUGAUGGCCAACCACACCAACAUCUCCUCGCUGUUCGAGCGGACGUGCCGGCAAUACGACAAGCUGCGCAAGCGAGAGGCCUUCCUGGAGCAGUUCCGCAAGGAGGACAUCUUCAAGGACAACUUCGACGAGCUGGACAACUCCCGGGAGAUCGUGCAGCAGCUGAUCGAUGAGUAUCACGCAGCCACACGCCCUGACUACAUCUCCUGGGGCACGCAGGAACAGUGAGUGCCCUGCCAGCAGACAGGUCCGUGGCCACCCCCACGCACGCCGGCAGGGCUCGUCUCUGCCGUGCCCACGUUUGUCACCCCUCAGCGCUGCCUGGCGUGGCAGAGCCCUCGUGCCAGUGCUCCUCUGUGGAAAGCUCUGUGUGGGGAGCCUGCAGCUCCUCAGCGGGGCACAGCCCCCGCCCCACCGUGUGCCCUGGCCCAGGACAGGACUGGGGCAGCUGCGCGCUCUGCUGGGAGGGAACCUCUGCCUGUGGGAGCAACACUUGCUGUGAGGAGGAGGAGGAGAGUGACCCUGGGGCUGGGAACAGGUCUGGCCCCCUGAGUUUGGGUGCACACAACCCCCGUGGCCAAAGGCUCCGUGUGGCUGAGCUAGUCCUUGCCCUGGGCAGGAGCCUUGUUCCUCCUUGGCCAGAUCAGGCCUGGGGCACGGGCUGUAUCUAUAUUUUUGUAGGUUAUUUUGCUUUAAUAAAGGCUGUUCCUGCA